AUGAGAUUGCUUGUCCCGUUCCUUUUCGGUGGCCUUGCUACCGUUGCCGGCGCAGCAUGCAUAUCCAGCCAGAGCCUUUCAGUCACCGCGAGCACAGGCAUCUUCACUGGGCUCCUCAACCCAACUUACCCAAAUGUUCGCGAAUUUCUCAAUGUUCCAUAUGCUCUUCCUCCAACAGAUGAACGCCGCUGGCUCCCUCCUCAGAAGCUUCCGACCUCAAACAAGCAUUAUGAUGCCACUCAAUAUCCGCUCUCGUGCCCACAGUUUGUGAGCAGGGUCAAGUCGGUGUGGAGUGAGCAGAUUCCGGAAUGGUUGAUCUUUGAUGGCGGUGAAAGCACCAGUGCCGGCCUGUAUGCGUACGGGACGUCUGAAGAUUGCCUGAGUCUGGCCAUUUGGACUCCGCUCAAUGCCACCGCGGCUUCCAAGCUCCCGGUGAUUAUGUUCAUGACAGGAGGAGGCAUGGUAACUGGAGGAGUCAAUAUACCGAUCCAAAUACCGGCUGAAUGGGUAGCGCGAAGCCAGAGCCAUAUUGUGGUAACCAUCAACUACCGGGUGAACAUCAUGGGCUUCCCCAACGCGGCAGGAUUGACAACUCAAAACCUGGGCCUUCGAGAUCAAAGGGCAGCGCUUGAGUGGCUGCAGGCCAAUAUCGCAAGCUUUGGCGGCGAUCCGACCGCUAUAACGCUCUGGGGGCAAUCAGCAGGUUCUCGUUCGACCGACUAUUACAAUUUUGCUUACUAUAAGGACCCCAUAGCACGCGGCUUCUUCAUGCAAUCUGGAACAGCAUUAUCAAGCACUGCGAAUGCUGACGUCGAUGGCACCAACUUCACAUUUGUGGCACACAAUCUCGGCUGUGACUUUCCAGCCAACAAGACUGCUGAGUUAGAAUGCAUGCGAAGAGUUCCUGUCAGUGAGAUCGAGAACUUCGUUGGUCAGUACCAGGACAAUUCAAGCACAACAAACACUGGUCAGGCUCCAAUCGCUUUCACCCCAAUUGCGGACGAGGACGUCGUCUUUAGCAAUUACACUGCCCGAUAUCAGGCUGGCCAGGUUGCGAGAGUGCCGGCUAUAAUUUCGAACACCGCCAACGAGUAUGCAUCACUGGCACCGUAUCCAUUGAACAAUCUCACCGCAGGCCCUAAUCCACAAGCAGUGUCGGCAGGUACUCUCAACACCGUCUGCGGCAUUUCCAACUCAAGUCUGCAGCGUAACGACCUGAACAUCUCUACCUUUCGGUAUGUCUAUGGCGGGAACUUCUCCAACAUUAAUCCGCUGUGGUGGAUGGGCGCAUAUCACGCCGCAGAUCUGGCCAUGAUGUUUGGGACAUAUGAUAUCAGAGCUGGAGAGGUGUCACAACUGGAAAUCGAGACGAGUGCCGCCAUGCAAGACUAUGUUCUCGCAUUUGUCAAGGAUCCAACCAAUGGACCACAGAGUGUGAACUGGCCUGCGUAUGAUCACCGCAACGCAGGUGGCCAGAUGAUUUUGUUUGGAGCCAACGGAAAAGCCGUUCAACAAGUGAAUGGGACCUCGAUUGAAGGCGUCUGUUAUGGCCAAGGCACUUAUGAUAGCACUCCCUGA